GAAAAGGCAUUUGUGGCUUCGAAGUACUCUGUUUCCUUUCCUUAUUUAAUUUCCUGACCAGAUCUAAUCUGAGUAGAAAGGCAUUUCACCAAAAAGAUCAACGUUGUGACAUUUCUAAUCCAUUAUAUACACAGUUCCAAUCUCUAAAUCUUUGUUUAUAUUUGGCUACAUUAUUCUCCAAAUAAAGGGGUCUACUUUUUUUUCAUUAUUGCAUAACUAGUGGCUCUGUUUUCUGGGCAGGUUAUUGGAGGAGAGGAGAGGAGAGAAUUAUUUGCAGGGGGCUAAAUCAUGUUUCGGUCAUCACCACGUAGGAGUCAGAGAUCAAAAGGUUUUAAGGUAAAGCAUGCUGUACAGAUAUGUCUUCUGGUUGGUGUUGGAAUCUGGCUGCUUUACCAAGUCAGGCAUUCUCAUGACAAAAAAGCAGCAGCAGCAGCAGCAGCAUAUGAGGACAGUGUGAAAACUGGGAAUGGCAUUAUAAAACUAGGAAGAAAGGACCUCCCUGGAGUUCAGGAAACUAUCAUUAGAGAUGAGAGACGCAAGGAUGAUGAAGGAGAAGAAAACAAGAAUGUGGUUGAAUCUAAGCCUAACAAUAACAUGGGAAAUGGGGGUGGAGAUGGCAAGAUCCAUGGUCAAUUUCAUGAUCAAACUGAAGAGGGAUCUGAUCGGAGGGAGGAUUCCAUAGAUGGAGAAAAGAUGGGUGAAGAAAACAAAGAGAAUGUUGGUGAAGAAGGAGAGAGGGAGGAUAGCGCUGAAAAUCACCAGACAGAGAAGGAAGAGAUCAAGGACAAUGUUAGCGAAGAUAAUGUGGGUGAAGAAAACAAAGUUAAUGAUGUUCAAGAUAGGGAGAAUGUAGAGAGCAAAGAGACUGAUAACGGAGAAAGCAAAGAGGUCAAAAAGGGAGAAAAUGAAGGCAGGGAGAAUCCUGAUGAGAAUAAGGAGAAUGAAGAGAGCAAAGAAACAGAAAACCAAGAUAAGGCAAAUGAAGAGAGCCAAGAAAACAAAAGUGAAGAGAAGGAAAGUGCAGAGGAGAGUCGAGGAAUGGAAAUUAAAGAGGCUGUGGAAGAAAGCAAAGGGCCAGAAACUAAAGAGAUGGAAGACAAGGGAGAGAACAUUGAAAAUUCAAGUUCAGUAGAAGAUCAGGUUCCUGACGGAAAUUAUGAACAUAGUAAGGAGACAAGGGAAGAGCAUUACAAGGGAGAUGCUGCUUCCAGUGCAGUUGUCCAUGAAACUCAAAAUGUAACACCUGGAGAAGAGCAAGGUGAUUUGGAGAAGAAUAAUGAGGCUGAGGCAGAACGUGUGGAGAACAAAGAGAAGAAUGAGUCUGACUUUGACAGUAAAACAAAGAUCACUGAGGUAGUUGAUGUCAAUCAAAAUGAAGUUCCAAAUGGUGAACCAAUGGAAAAGAACAAUUCCACAAAUACAGCGAAUGAAGAGAGUGGCAAUGAAAAUAGUAAGCAAGGUUCAGAGGAUGGUUCCCAUGAUACGUCCACAGUAGCAACAGAAUCAAACAAUCAGCAGCUGGUCGAUUCUAACUCCAUUCCAGUUGCUUCAGAAAAUAAUGAUCCAUCUCCACAAAAUCAAAAAGAAACACCAGAUAACACGAUGUCAAAUGGAGAGGAGUUGACUACAAAUGAUGUUGUACAUGUACAAACUGAGAAAUCUGACGCAGAUGCCAGUGGCCAGCAAUCAGAUUCGAAUGCAACACCUUCCACUGCAACUGAGAAUGUAGAUUCAACUAAUCAAGAAUCAACAGAUUCAAGCAAUUCCAAGUCUGUUUCAUCCAAUGGCCAAACCGUUGACUCCAAUAGACCUUUAUCAGCAAGCCAAAAUGAUGAUGCAGUUCAGGGUGAAAAGUCUGAUAGUGGCUCUGGAGAAGGAAAUCAAGAAAUUGUAUUAUCUUCAAACAUAAAUGAAAAUGCAGAAGGGCAGAAGGAACAAGUUGAUUCUUUGAACUCCCAAGACAAAGACACAUUAUCAAGUACAAAUAACAAUGCUGAUGCUGGCCAAAAGGAACAAGGUGAUCCCUCAGAGUCCCAAGGGGAUGAUUUGUCCUCCAACACAAACAAUAAUGGAGACUCUGGCCAGAAUCAGGAUGAGAAUUCAGUUCACAGCAACAUGAAUGACAAUAUAGAUGCAAGCCAAAAAGAACAGGUUGACUCUAACAGUGGUGAUGCUGGUCAGAAGGAGAACAACAAUGCUGUUGAAAGCAACAUAAAUGACGACGGCAAUACAAAUGGCAACACAGAUGCAAGCCAAGAACAAGUUGUUUCCUCUGAAUCUUCAACAUCCCAAGAGGAGAAAGAUGCACCCUCAAACACAGAUAGCAGCCUGAAUGACUCAAAUAAUUCAUCCCAAAAUGAUUCAGUUGAUUCUUCAAAUUCUUCAGUGUCUCAAGAAGAAAAAGAGGCUCGAACAGAUUUGGGAACCUUGCCUGAUACAGGAAGUGAAGGAAUUACUAGGGGGGAUGCAGCAGCAGAGUGAAGUUUCUACUUUCUACUAGGAUAUAGUGUACUUAAAACAAAUUUUCACGUCACCAAGAUUUUGUUUUCUUGUCCCUGACAUAAUCAGGAGAAUUUGUAAGGUUCUAUGUUUAUUGUUGUGCUUUAUUGCAAUAAUAGUGUCCAAGGAAUGUUGCUGUU